AUGUUUCACCAGCGUUUAAAAGAAGGACUUCCACAAUUGGUCAAAAACAGGGAGGUGCUAGCUAUCUUCAACACCCAGGCUCAGGCGGAAGAAGAGAAGCUGAAAAAUGACCUGCUAGCCAUCAGACCUGUGAGCCCCACAAACUAUUGUGCAAGAUUUGGCAGUUAUCAAACAUUGGGCACAUUGAGAAGAUCGAUAUGCAACACCCAAGCAGGAGACGGAGAACCCAUUGAGGGACCACGGUGUGUUCAUGGCCCGGAAGCGUGGCUAGAGGGAUUGAGACAGAAAGGAUGGACACUUGCUACCAUACUCAUCGUCCUGCUUGCCGCUCACAGAUGCGACACAACAGCAUCCCUACUAGGUCAAGGUGACAACCAGGUGAUCGUGCUUAGAAUUCCUUCUCAACGAUAUGUUCAAGAGCGAAAGUUAACACCAGACGAGUAUACUAAACAGUUUCUCAGAGUGCUUGAGGACAUCUGCACGGCGUCCGGGAUAGUGAUCAAGGUACCUGAAUCAUGGAGGUUCAGGAGGUUAUUGGAGUACGGCCGACGCUACUAUUUGGAUGGUGUUCAAUAUCCCGUUAAAUCUUCCCCCCACAACCAGAGAAACAUGUUUCACCAGCGUUUAAAAGAAGGACUUCCACAAUUGGUCAAAAACAGGGAGGUGCUAGCUAUCUUCAACACCCAGGCUCAGGCGGAAGAAGAGAAGCUGAAAAAUGACCUGCUAGCCAUAAGACCUGUGAGCCCCACAAACUAUUGUGCAAGAUUUGGCAGUUAUCAAACAUUGGGCACAUUGAGAAGAUCGAUAUGCAACACCCAAGCAGGAGACGGAGAACCCAUUGAGGGACCACGGUGUGUUCAUGGCCCGGAAGCGUGGCUAGAGGGAUUGAGACAGAAAGGAUGGACACUUGCUACCAUACUCAUCGUCCUGCUUGCCGCUCACAGAUGCGACACAACAGCAUCCCUACUAGGUCAAGGUGACAACCAGGUGAUCGUGCUUAGAAUUCCUUCUCAACGAUAUGUUCAAGAGCGAAAGUUAACACCAGACGAGUAUACUAAACAGUUUCUCAGAGUGCUUGAGGACAUCUGCACGGCGUCCGGGAUAGUGAUCAAGGUACCUGAAUCAUGGAGGUUCAGGAGGUUAUUGGAGUACGGCCGACGCUACUAUUUGGAUGGUGUUCAAAGAAACAUGUUUCACCAGCGUUUAAAAGAAGGACUUCCACAAUUGGUCAAAAACAGGGAGGUGCUAGCUAUCUUCAACACCCAGGCUCAGGCGGAAGAAGAGAAGCUGAAAAAUGACCUGCUAGCCAUCAGACCUGUGAGCCCCACAAACUAUUGUGCAAGAUUUGGCAGUUAUCAAACAUUGGGCACAUUGAGAAGAUCGAUAUGCAACACCCAAGCAGGAGACGGAGAACCCAUUGAGGGACCACGGUGUGUUCAUGGCCCGGAAGCGUGGCUAGAGGGAUUGAGACAGAAAGGAUGGACACUUGCUACCAUACUCAUCGUCCUGCUUGCCGCUCACAGAUGCGACACAACAGCAUCCCUACUAGGUCAAGGUGACAACCAGGUGAUCGUGCUUAGAAUUCCUUCUCAACGAUAUGUUCAAGAGCGAAAGUUAACACCAGACGAGUAUACUAAACAGUUUCUCAGAGUGCUUGAGGACAUCUGCACGGCGUCCGGGAUAGUGAUCAAGGUACCUGAAUCAUGGAGGUUCAGGAGGUUAUUGGAGUACGGCCGACGCUACUAUUUGGAUGGUGUUCAAGUAAGUGGGGCAUUGAAAAAGGCGUCAAGAUUUACAAGCGAGGCCAACCAAACAAUACAUACCACGAAUGCACUCAUCGCUGGUUUAUUCUCCAGUGGCACCUCAGUUGAGGGAGAUGACGAAACACCACUUCCUGCUUAUAUGAUGACGGUGUUCGAGGCUGCACGGGUCCUAUGGAAGAGGCACGCUGAGCAUUAA